UGAGAAAAGGUGGCGAGUGUACUACAAUUUUGAUCUUUUGCAGCAGACUGAAUGUAGACUACGAAGAGAGUGAGAAAUGAGCGGGCAAGGCAAGGUGGUGUGCGUGACCGGAGCUUCUGGGUACAUAGCCUCAUGGCUGGUGAAGCUCUUGCUCCAACGCGGCUACACCGUCAAAGCCACAGUUCGAGACCCAAAUGAUCCAAAGAAGACAGAACACUUGCUUGCACUUGAAGGUGCUAAAGAAAGGCUUCAUUUGUUUGAAGCAAACUUACUUGAAGAAGGAUCCUUUGAUUCUGUGGUUGAUGGGUGUGAUGGAGUAUUUCAUACAGCAUCCCCAGUUGUGAUGAUAGUUGACGAUCCCCAGGCACAACUAAUUGACCCAGCACUAAAAGGAACAAUGAACGUUCUAGGAUCUUGUGCAAAAGUUCCAUCUGUCAAAAGAGUAGUUGUAACAUCAUCUAUGGCUUCAGUUGCAUUCAAUGGGAAACAUCUAGCUCCUGAUGUGCUAGUUGAUGAGAGUUGGUUUUCAGAUCCAGUUUUCUGUGAGAAAUCAAAGCUAUGGUAUAUGCUUUCAAAGACAUUAGCUGAGGAGGCUGCUUGGAAGUUUGCAAAAGAGAAUGGGAUUGACAUGGUUACAAUAAAUCCAGGGUGGGUGAUUGGCCCUCUCUUACAGCCUACUCUUAAUCUCAGUGUGGAGGAAGUUCUGAAGCUACUAAAAGGAGAUACAUUUCCCAAUAAAACACAUCGAUGGGUUGAUGUUAGAGAUGUUGCCAUGGCACAUAUUCAAGCAUAUGAGCUUCCAACAGCUAGAGGCAGAUACUGUUUAGUAGGGAGCAUUUUACACUGUUCUGAGACAAUGAAGAUUUUGCGCAAGCUCUACCCUGCUUUAAACCUACCUGAGAAAUGUGCAGACGACAAGCCUUAUGAACCAACCUAUAUGGUGUCCCAGGAGAAAACUAAAAGUUUGGGCAUCGACUUCACUCCUCUGGAGAUGAGUGGAGAAGGAAAGGUGGUGUCCGUGACCGGAGCUUCUGGGUUUAUUGCUUCAUGGCUGGUGAAGCUCCUGCUCCAACACCGUUACACUCUCAAGCAACCGUUCGAGAUCCAAGUCAAUGAUCCAAAGAAGACACAGCACUUGCUUUCACUCGAUGGAGCUCAGGAAAGGCUUCAUUUGUUCAAAGCAGACUUAUUGGAAGAAGGGUCUUUUGAUUCUGUAGUUGAUGGAUGUGAUGGUGUUUUUCAUACUGCAUCCCCUGUUGCAUUGGAAGCCAUUAACCCCCAGACAGAAUUGAUUGACCUUGCAUUGAAGGGAACCAUCAAUGUCCUAAGGUCCUGUUCAAAAGUUCCGUCUGUCAAAAGAGUGGUUGUAACAUCGUCUUUGGCUUCAGUUUUAUUCACUGGAGAACCUCUGACUCCUGAGGUGCUAAUUGAUGAGAGUUGGUUUUCAGAUCCAGUUUUAUGCAAGGAAUCAAAGCAAUGGUAUGUGCUUUCAAAGACCUUAGCUGAGGAGGCUGCUUGGAACUUUUCAAAGGAGAAUGGGAUUGACAUGGUCACGAUAAAUCCAGGAUGGGUGAUUGGUCCUCUCUUACAGCCCACUCUUAAUCUAAGUGCAGAGCAAGUUUUGAACCUCAUAAAUGGAGCUCAAACAUUUCCGAAUAUAUCAUCCUGGUGGGUUGAUGUUAGAGAUGUUGCCAAUGCACACAUUCAAGCAUAUGAGAUCCCAGAAGCUAGUGGAAGAUACUGCUUAGUAGAAGGGAUACACAAUUCUGAGAUACUGAAGAUUUUGCGCAAGCUCUACCCUGGAUUACCUCUACCUGAAAGAUGCGCAGAUGACAAACCUUAUGCACCAUCCUCCCGGGUAUCCCAAGAGAAAGCAAAGAGUUUAGGCAUUCACUUCACUCGUCUAGAGGUGAGCCUGAAGGAUACAGUUGAAAGCUUGAAGGAGAAGAACUUUGUCAGUUUCUGACUCAUGGUAUUUACUGCUAGACUUGCAAAUAAAUCAUAAACUAUGGUGCUUUCCUGCUAAUUUAUUGUUAUGAACCUCAUUGCACCUAUGAUUUGUUGGGUUUUGGGGCUUUUAUCUUGUAAUAUUUUAUUGUAAGCAUUUCUUAUGCUAGAAAUUGGUAUCUGUAUCAACUAUAAGUUUCCCAGUUCAAAUUU